GUCCGUGCAUAAUGUUCAACUAUACAGAUAACUGCAGGAAUAUUAACUGUACCGAGCAGCUGAAACUAUCACUAAAUAAAUGCUGCUUUCCUGUACAUGAAUCUGUACCUGUACAUGUCCUAGUACUGCUGGGGAUCUUAGUUAUGCUUAUUCUCAAGCUAAUCAGCUGUUUUCUUAUGUUUAUCUGCAGAAAGACGUCUGCUAGCCUACAGGAGGAACUUGGGGAACGGGAUUAUUUGUUAGCCCAGACUGUACGGUUCCAGACUUUGACUAGGUCAACUGGUCAAGAACCGGUUUUAUCGAGUCCGCUGGUUAUCUUGGAGUGCCGAAACUGUACAGUACAUGACGGACAAAUUAGAGAGACGGCUCUUUUUCACCAUGAACAGAUUCAGAACAGCAAAGUAUUAAAUGUAAACAAUUGUACUUCAAAACGUCCGGUAAAUCAUUAUAUGCAUGAACAUCCAGAAAUUUGUGAACUCGUGAAAGAAAUUGAACUAUUAUAAUAUUAAAAUACUACUACUAUAACAAUGAACUACUAUAAUAUUAAAAUACU